UUCUCCCAACUGUCACGGCUGUGGCGGUUCAGUUUCUCCGGGAAGAGAGGCGGGGAAAACAUAAACACUUCAAUUGUACAAAUGCUCUAACCUUUAUUAUCUUUAGCAUGGUCUAUUCUCAAAUUUUGUUUGGGCACUGCCGUAAACGUGAUAGACUUCCCAAGUCUUCGAAGACAGGUUAAAGAAACAGCGCUCUACUUAUCUAUUUAGCUAGCUAGCUAGCUAAAUAACAUUUUAUCGGCGUAAGCGUAGCUAUUGAUUAUCAAAGACACACUUGCAACGGAAUCUCAUGUGCUCCACGUCCAAGUUUGGGUAAAUAUCCAAUGGAAGACUACGACACGUUUGUGCGGAAUCGUUUGUCAGAUUUGCGGAAAAAAGAGGAGAAACAUGAAGUGCCUGCGGCUUCUGCCAUUCGCUUCUUUGGAGCGCCCAUCCUACCCCCCGUGCUCACAGCGACACGGAGAGAAGAAAUGAGGCAGCACAGAGAAACAGCCCAAAAAGAUGCGGUGACUCGUAGAUUGAAGAGCAACCAAAGACUAGCAUAUGUGCAAAGAAUUCUACAGAGUGUUCAGACAAGGACCUUACCAACGCUGGAAGACUUACUUGAGGAGUUAAAAUUUGGCUCAAAAUCUUUUGAUUCCACCAACUCAAGUGAAUCAAGUCAGCAAAGUGUAAAUACUGUGGCAGAAAAGAAGACUUCGCUUAUAUGUCCGUUGCAGUCCACCACAAAUGGUGCUUUUUCCACCAAUCAUGUGAUUCCUGAGCAAAAUCACAAGGGAGAGUGCCUUGUUGAGCAUUGUGAAAAACAAAUAUCCCAGCCAGGGUUCGUAAGUAGUGUGAAUCACUGCUUUGUAACCUCUGAGUCCGUGUCUCAUGAAAUUAUGGAAGACGCCACUGGUCUUUCAGAAAAUCUUGACAUAAGGAAUGUUUGCCAUGAUCCACAGGGAAUUGAUAAUUCAAAUGACUCUUUCCUUCCCAAGACCCCAAAGACAAUCACCAGGACGCCAGAUAUUAUUAGCUAUCCUCCCAUUGAUGGAGAAGAAUUGGAGAGAAGUGGACACGAGUCAUCCUUUUCUCACGAUUUUGUAGAACUGAACGAUAAUAGUUUUAAUGUAUAUCUUAACAAUUCAUCCGGAAGUGAUCGUCAUUCUGGAGAGAAAAGCAUAAAUAGUCACAUAGACAUUGCUGAUAAUCAAUAUGAUCUUCCUUCUUCCGCUGUUCAUAAAAUGAAGGAAGGGCAAAAAAUGAAGGCAGUGUUGGGACUCCCACUUUUGGAUAGCUUUACCACUACAAAUAUGUCUGAGUUACCUCAAAGUCCAAUUGUUCAUUGUUCACGCGCUGAUCAGCCUAAUCAGAGCAAUCCAAGAAAUAUAGACUCUGUGGGCACGGAAGUACCCAAGUCGCAAUCAAAGUCUGCUAAUCGUCCGAGCCUCCAGGACAUGCUGAAGCAAUCGCAGGAGUACCGCCGGGAACAGCGCUUGCUUAGGAACCAAGCCAAAAGGGCUAGAAUACAGGAAAAAGCACAAGAACAACUAAAAGUAGAAGAGAAGAACCUUUCUGAUAAGGAAAACAAUGAGUUUCACUUUAAAAGUAUGGAAGGGAGGAAAACUAAAGAGAAGAGAUUUAUCAAAACAAUUAAUACUGCUUGCACAAAAUCAAAUGAUAAUUCAUCUGCAAACAUUGGAUUCUUAAUUGGCAAAAAGGCAAACGACAAUUCUGAACAUAUCACCAUUCCUCACCCACAGCCCUUGUCACAAUCCCAAACUCAAGAACUCUAUCACCUUACAAUUGAUCAGAAAAAUACAGAACCAGUUGCUUCAUUCGGACAACAUGGGACUCAUCAGUCCAUCCCAUUACCUCGGUUCUGCCAGAGUCCUGUUUACAAUGAGGCCUCAAGUUGUGUACCAAAAGGAGCAGAUGACCUCAGGGAAAAAGUUCUAAUAAGUUCAAGCCAUAUUGAAAGCCACAAAGCUGACGAAGAACAUAACAUGAAACAGCAAAGUGAAAAACCAAGCAUUGAGGUCGAGAGUUCGCAGCACAUGAACCAGCUUGAGUCCUGCCUGUCCACAUUAAAAGAACUGAUCUCUGAUCUGGGCUCCUCCCAUGUCGAAAUUGAAGGUAAAUGUGAGGAUAGUCCUCAUAGGGGCAGUGAAGUGAAGCAAGACCAAAGAGACAAUGAGUAUCCAAAAAGACAAUCGCUUGACUCUUCCAGAAGCAUGCUUGAAAACUCAGAUGAACAAAUCAACAGCAACGUAGAUAAUUAUCCAUCAAUCCAGCAGGAUAAAGGAGAAGAGGUUAAUUUAGCAGAGCUCAGUAUGGCCAACACCUUUACACUUCCAGGCAAAAUCAAUGAAAAUGCAUACCACAUGAAUUCUGGACAGCUUGAGGGAAGCAAAAAGCAACAGCCACCUGUGGUACCUGUGCUUUCUGUUGAAAAAUGGAAGCCAGUUUCCAGAAAUGUUUUUUUACAGCCCACACUUCCUCACGAUUGCUCAGCACCGUUAAUAAGCAAUUCAUAUCAUUUAGAAAGAGCCAGUAAGGCCAAGGGUGAUCACAGCUCCAUUGUCAUGCUCUCUGUCAAUCAAUCAUUGGAUGUGGAUACACUGUCUGAGGGGUGGCUCCCUGAGGGUUCAGGAUCUGAGCAGGACUCAAGUGACCAGUUGGCUCAAGGGAAGGGUCUGACCCCUGUAAGUGUGACAGAUAUUGAGGCUGCGUCUUCCAAGGUGAAAAGGAGAUUGCUCAUGAAUGUCACAGACCUGGACAAGACUGUGGCACCCUGCAGUGAGGCAUUGUCACCGGUCAGACAUAGCUAUAAUACUUCCAAAGUUUCAUUAGCUUCAAUGGGGAGUGUUACAGAGGAACUAAAACGGGUCCAUGCUGCUCAGGUCAAAGCGCUAGAAGAAGAGCACAGGAGACAGCAGGAAGAGCUGCGCCAGGUACUCACAGUGCGUUACUGCAAGCCCAAGAGCCCGCCCUUGCCAUGCUCUCCUUCAUCAGGCUCUCGUCUUGGGGACACAGUGACAUUCUCUAAGCUCUCUCAGCCCCCGAGCUCUCAUCUAGAGCGCUGCCUCCCCCUGCUGUUAGCGGCUGUCAAAGGCUAUCUGACUCGCAGGUUGCUCAGGACUGAGAAAGUGGCACAGCUGGUGCGCACCAUUGGGGACACGCAACAGUUUCUGCAGGCUUUCCAGCUGCGUAGUCCCGGAGGUGAAAUCUGUAGCAAACAGGAUCGUUUAUUGUGGCAGAGUGUUACUCGGCAGCUGCGAGCGGCACGUUACGAUUUGUAUGACAUCUUCUUCUGCUUGUCAAUGGGGGAAAGGAUGCAGUUGAUCAGCUUGGACAGAGAGUUGGCAAGACAGAGAGUGCUCAGGCAGCAGGUCACUCGAAAGGUUUCCAGCCAGAUGGGGAACACGCGUUGUCCAAAAGGAAGGAGUUCUGUUUCUACCACAACACAAAAAUCACUCCAGAAGAAAAGAGGCAUCUUAACUCAGAAGAAGUCAGAAAAAGUGAGUGGAGUUGUUUUGACUGAACACAAAGGUGGAUUCACUAAUGAGCAAUCGCUCGCAACUACCGGUAAGCGAGGAUGGCUGAAACCAAAGCCUGCAAGGGUCUCUCAGCGCAGUUACUCUUGUAGACCCAGAUGACACUUGCUCCUUUGAGAAUUCAAGUUUAAAUGUUACCAAAUCUGGGCUCACUGUGAACUAGGGCAGCAUCUUCAUUUCCGGAGACCUGCAAAUGUACAUUGUUUGUGUUGAUUUAAAAUGAACAUUGCUGUUUCAGUGACUUCCAACAGCAGUGUUGUGUUUAGCAAAUAUUUGCGACUGAACUGUUGUUUUCUUUAAAAAUUAUCUACAGACCGAUUCAUUAGAAUGCACUAGUUUGAACUCCUGUAGUUAGAUGAGUCCUAUUUCCGUCAAAGUGGCCUGAUUGUUGGUUUACUUUACAUAUCACCAAAAAGUCUUUAUUCAUAAAUUUAAAAUGUGUUAUUUUUGUGUGUAUGUAUGUAUGUAUGUACAUUACUAUUUCAUAAUAAAUGUUUUAAAACAUGACAAUUGUAA